AAUGUUUUGAUGGGGCGGGAACUAAAUGCUGGAAGGCCAGGGAGACAAUAGAAGAUGGACAGACUACAGAGAAACCUACAGAUGGAGACAAUCUCAUUCCAUAUAAGAGGGCUACAGAUAUUCAGGUUGCUGGGAUGUUAGUUUAUUACAUCCUUUCUGGUGGACAACAUCCUUUCGGUUCAGUAGGUCGAUGUGAAAAUAACAUUCUUGACGGAAAAUACACUCUGGAACACGUAAAGGAUGAGGUAGCAAAGGACCUCAUCGUCUGGAUGAUAAGUAAAGAGCAGACGGAGAGACCAACAAUUGAAAAAGUGCUUGCUCACCCCUACUUCUGGACUAACAAAAGUAAGGAAGACUAUCUCAUCAAAAUUGGGAAUGUGUUAGAGGCAAGACAGCGCUGUCGUCCUGACCAGGAUCUCCUCCAAGCUAUUGAAAAAUGUGCUGUCGGGAAAUCCUUCUCAGAGUGGAAAUCCAAGUUUCCAUGUGCCUUGAUCGACAAGCUUAGUGGUAAAAAGGGGGAGAAAGCCUACCCUGACAACACAUUGGGCUUCCUGCGAUUCAUACGCAACCUCCAUGAGCACUACCCUGAAGAUUCAAAUAACAUCAACUUGUCAUUGUUAUUUCCGGAUCUCUUUGGCAGCAUUUACUUGUUUGCUGAAGAAAGGAAAUGGAAUACAAGACCUUGUUUGACGAAAUGCUUUCAAGAAUAGAUCUGACUGAGCUGGUAUAUAUAUAUAUUUUUAAUGGUCAUUUUAAGAAAUCAGGCCAGGUUUAAUACAUUUUAUUGUGGUCCAGAGAAGAGAUUUUAAACUGUACAAUUUCUUAUGAGUAUGUUCUUUUAGAAGAUAAAUGAUAGUAGUUUGUAUGUUGUGGAGGAAAGAAAGCAUGCUGUAACAGAAAUGAAAACUCAGUCGUUAUGAAUAGCAAGCUAUUGUUUCAAAAAUCACAGUAACCUAUCAGUGCAAAGAAAAUAUUAGUAAGAUUUUGACAAUGUCGUGUGCAUUUUGAUAUCAGUGCUUAUAAAACAAUAUACUGUCAUAUGUACUGUAUAAUAUAUAUUUUACUUUUUUUUACAUUUCUCUAUUUAAUGUUUAAUUACUGACUGUCCACUUCCUAUUUUUGUAUGAGGUUUCUGUGUUAUGCACUAUAGCCCAUUACCAUAUAUGUGAUUGAAUAUUAUCUGCUGUUGGCUUGUGUGGAUGUAUGUAUGUGUUAUGCAACAUAGCUGACCUGAAACAUUG